UCAUUUUUCUUUUCAUUAUUGUAGGAUACGUUUGCCGGUUAACUGCGUCGCUGUAAUUUUCAAGUAUAAUUCUUCAAAUUCUGAUCAAAUUGUCAAGUAACAAUGGCCAUGGAUCAUAAAUGUUAUUGUCGGGGUGAUGAAGUCAAUGCCCUCGACUUGCAGAAGCCAGAGCAUCUUUUACCCAUGAUGAGACCAUUCUCUAUGAGUUUCAACAAAAUGCCGCUCCAACUGACCAAGCCAGCGCCCCAGUUUAAGGCCACUGCUGUGGUCAACGGGGAGUUCAAGGACGUGUCUCUCUCAGACUACAAAGGCAAAUACGUUGUCCUGUUCUUCUAUCCACUAGACUUCACAUUUGUCUGCCCAACGGAGAUCAUCGCAUUCUCCGAGCGCGCUGAUGACUUCCGCAAGAUCGGUUGUGAGGUGAUCGCUGCUUCCACUGACUCACACUUCACACAUCUCGCCUGGAUCAACACACCACGCAAACAGGGUGGUUUGGGUCCAAUGAACAUCCCAAUGAUCAGCGACAAAUCUCACCGAAUCUCCCGGGACUAUGGCGUGUUAGAUGAAGAGAGUGGCAUUCCCUUCCGUGGCCUCUUCAUCAUUGAUGACAAGCAGUUGCUUAGGCAGAUCACCGUCAAUGACCUGCCUGUUGGCCGCUCAGUAGAUGAGACUCUGAGGCUGGUGCAAGCUUUCCAGUUCACAGACAAGUAUGGUGAGGUAUGCCCCGCAAACUGGCACCCUGGCUCCAAGACCAUCAAACCUGACACUAAGGCUGCGCAGGAGUACUUCGGAGACGCCAACUAAAUAUUAAAUAAAACUACAUUUAGAUUGUUACAAUAAAGCAUUUAAAAUUA